UCUUCACUGUUCAGUGACGUAUGCGGCGAAUGCGAAUGAUGCAUAGGGAGUGUUCGCUGGGGGGUUAGAUAGUCAUCAAAAUAUCUGGAUUGACUCGUUAAAUUUUAACAAUGGACAAAAACGGGAAGAAGGUUAUUGUUUGCGACAAUGGAACAGGGUUUGUCAAAUGUGGCUAUGCUGGAUCAAAUUUCCCGGCCCAUAUAUUUCCUUCCAUGGUGGGACGGCCUAUCAUCCGAGCAGUCAACAAAAUUGGAGACAUCGAAGUGAAGGACUUGGCCAGUAUGCCUGAUCUUAUGGUUGGAGAUGAAGCAAGCAAAUUACGGUCAAUGCUUGAAGUCAACUACCCAAUGGAGAAUGGCAUUGUCAGAAAUUGGGAUGACAUGUGCCAUGUUUGGGAUUAUACUUUCGGCCCAGAAAAAAUGGACAUAGAUCCAAAGGAAUGCAAAAUUUUACUCACGGAACCACCUAUGAAUCCAACAAAGAAUAGGGAAAAAAUGAUUGAGGUUAUGUUUGAGAAAUAUGGAUUUGCUGGGGCAUAUAUAGCAGUUCAAGCAGUACUCACACUCUAUGCUCAAGGUCUCAUCACAGGUGUGGUGGUAGACUCAGGGGAUGGUGUAACUCAUAUUUGCCCAGUAUUUGAGGAAUUUGCUCUCCCGCAUCUCACCAGACGCCUUGACAUUGCUGGACGAGACAUCACACGGUAUCUCAUUAAGCUUUUGUUACUUCGAGGAUAUGCUUUCAAUCAUUCUGCUGACUUUGAAACAGUUCGAAUGAUGAAAGAGAAACUCUGCUAUAUUGGCUAUGACAUUGAAACUGAACAGAAGUUGGCCCUGGAGACAACAGUUCUUGUUGAACCAUACACACUUCCUGAUGGCAGAGUAAUCAAAGUAGGUGGUGAAAGAUUUGAAGCUCCUGAGGCACUCUUCCAACCGCACCUUAUCAAUGUUGAAGGCCAAGGUAUUGCUGAACUCGUUUUUAACACUAUUCAAGCUGCUGAUAUUGACAUGCGGUCCGAACUUUAUAAACAUAUUGUUCUAUCUGGUGGUUCUACCAUGUACCCUGGUUUACCGAGUCGAUUAGAGCGUGAAAUCAAGCAGCUCUACCUGGAAAGAGUGUUGAAAAAUGAUACUAAUAAACUCUCCAAAUUCAAAAUUCGAAUUGAGGAUCCACCUAGGCGGAAAGACAUGGUGUUCAUAGGUGGUGCUGUGCUAGCUGAGGUAUCCAAAAAUUCAGACACCUUCUGGAUGACAAAUGAAGAAUAUCAAGAAAAUGGAGUUGGAGUUUUGAAGAAGCUUGGAGCCAGGGGCAACUAAGGUACCUUUCUGUAGCUCAUCAUCAACAUUUCAAGCUGAAAGAAAACUUCUUGUCUUAGAUCAGAUCCAUUUUUUAAUUGAUGUUAUGAAAUGAAGUCCAGGUGCUUCAGUGUGUGCUCUAGUCCACGUAAGUGUACUACAGUAUUCCAAUUCUUGCUUUCUAUUAUAAGAAAGGUUACCGUUGUGAUAUUCUCGGAGCAUUUAAGACAAGUGUUCUUGUGAAUUUACGUAACCUUGUUAUGAGAGUAUGAAUGUAAUGUUAGGUAUGUAUCUAAUGUUUCUGGCUGUCCCAGAAUUAUUUUUUCUUUUUUGUACAUGAUAAUUGCUCCAACACACAAUUGCUGGGUUCAUAUUAUGUUUACGUAUUGUAGAUAAUUAACUACCAGUGCUGCCAGCAAAGUUGAUAGUAACAACAAUUUUUAAUAGGAUUUUGUACUGAUGUUCUAUUUGAGAUCUUUUUCUCUUUUAAUCAUGUUCCAAUACAACAGUACUGUCCACCUACUGUCAGUUUUGAGAUUUCUGCUGCAAGCAUUUGUAUUUUGUUUAACUUGUAUGUAUAAAUUCUUUCCCCAGAACAGGCUUGAAUAUCAGUACAAAUAUGUUUUA